AUGGGGAACCGCCUGUAUCGAAGAAGUCAAAACGAUGGAAAGACGCCGGCGUUUGGCCCCGGUGGUCUCCAUGAAACUCUCCAGUCUCGCAGUGGAUCCAGCGUGAAGCGCCUAUCUCGAGCACCAGAGAGGCCACCGGCCAUAGAAGACGUGUCAGACUCCCUCGUCUCCGGUGGCGAUGCCGUUUCCCAGGAUUGGCGGUGGCUUGCCUUGCGGUGCGAGCGGCGCCUGAAUGCAUCCAUGCAACAGCGGACUGCUAAGCAGGCCAAGAUUGCGGACACACUUGGUCAUUCACUGGAUGUCCGCCAAUUUUCCUGUUUCGUGCCCAGGACAGUGCUGGAAGCAAUCGCGGAUAAGCGCAUCAGGUACUCGGACGACUUCGACGUACAAGUUGAGAAGUUUACUGCUGCAGUUGUUUUCUGCGACGCCAGCGGCUUCACAGCUCUCACGGAAGCGCUGGACACACAACCAAACGGAGCGGAGCGCCUUGGCGGUAUCAUUAAUCAGUUUUUUGACAAGAUCAUUCGCAUCGUGCAUUUUUGGGGCGGCGACAUCAUCAAAUUCAGUGGCGACGCGCUGACGAUUGUUUGGCCAGUUGACGACGAAGACGAUGAUGAUGAAUAUGAGAAGGAUGGUGUGGAGGAUAAUGAGUAUCGUGUCGACGCCAGACAAGCUUGCCUUCUAGCAGCCAAGUGCUGCAUGAAUCUUCAUCAGUCUCUUCACAAAUACCCAACAGGCUUUGCGGGGAAAACCUUAACCCUUCACAUUGGAGCAGGUUUUGGGCGAGUCACUAUUCUCCAGGUUGGGGGUAUCAUGGAUCGAUGGGAGUACGUGGUAGCUGGAGCUCCCUUGGAGGAAAUUUCUAUCGCGGAGCCGCUAGCCAGCACGGGCGAGUUGCUUUUCGAGCAUUUGAGGGGCGAAACUGUUGUAUCUCCUACCAUGGCGGAAGCAAUGCAUGGCGUUGCUUCGCUGGAGCCGGUAAAAGACUCGCCUCCGGGAAGACAAUUCUACCGGUUGUUACCUCACGCUGACGAUUUAGUCAAGAUUGCAAACGAAAAGCGACGUAGCAGCAACGCCAGCGCUGGGGGAGAGGAGCCAAGAAACAACGUUGAAGAAGAGGAGCUUGAAGCAAUUCACAGGGUAGCCGACUGGCACGUGUCGCCACCUCCCCCACUGGCGUCCAUUGAAGUUGACGCUGACGAUGUAGACUUAUUGCGGAGGUACAUACCGCCGGCCGUUUUCAGAAGGCUAAAGUCUGGCUGCAACGUAUUUUUAAAUGAACUGCGAACGGUCUCUGUCAUGUUCAUUUGUGUUCGGGGACUGGAUGUGUCAUCUACAACUGGGAGCCAAAUUGCCCACAAGCUCAUGAAAAUGACCCAAAAGGCAGCCUACACCAUGGAAGGCUCUGUCAAUAAAUUUCUUGUAGACGACAAGGGCGUUUUGCUGCUCGUUAUGUUUGGUCUACCACCGGUGUAUCACCUCGACGAUCCAGUUAGAGCCAUUAUGGCAGGCCUGCGCGUGAUUGACGGCAUGAAGAUGUUUGGACUUGAUGCCGGGAUUGGAAUCACCAGCGGUCGUGUAUGGUGUGGGACUGUGGGAAAUGAUUUGCGGAAAGAAUACACUGCGUUGGGGGACUUUGUCAACCUAGCUGCGAGGCUCAUGGCAAAGGCGGGUCCACGCGAAGUAUACGUUGACGCCAACACGUACCGCUCUGCCCAACAUGCUAUGGAAUUUCAACAACUUCCGAGCAUGAUGGUCAAAGGGAAGGAACAUCCCAUCGAAGUGUACAUGCCCACCGGAGCGCUAAUCAACAAGGUCCAAACUGGCCCGGAAAUGGAGCCGCUUUUGUCUUGGCCUGGUUGGCCUUGUCGGAACCAGUUGAAAAGUAUUUUGGAGCCGUCUACAAUGUAUAAAAAGCAAGGAACAGCUGUUCGACCUCCGUUGGACUACCCAGUCCCAUGCGGGCCUAUCUUCGCUCAUGAAUGGUAUGAGCCGUACAUGCCUCAGUUGCAACCUUUAUUGGAGGUCGGUGGGGUGAUGGUGAUCAGAGGAAGGGAAGGCCUGGGAGCGAAAGAGCUUGAAGACUACAUUCGCGACUUCGGCUCUAAAAGGUCGAAUCGCCAGAUGUUCUGCAUCAGCAACAUGCCGGACUCACCCAACCUUAAUAUUGGCAAUGUUCCCCUGCUUGCAUGGAGAAAACUCUGCACUGAAAUGGUUGAACGGUGGCGGGUCAGUGACAACCGUGAGAAGAAAGGCUAUUCGCGCAUCGACCGUGACAACUCAGUUUACGGCCUUACUAAAGAGCUUAUACAUCCUUCUUUUCAUUGGCGUCUUGAAGAGAUGAAAACAGUUGUACAUGGAUUGGUUUUGCCCCACGAACUGCCAGAAAACCAGCGCCUUGCGAAGGAACGUCGAAAGUGCAUGAAACGACUUAGGAAGCAGGGAUACGUGCCGAUGUCACCCACGAUGGCACUUUUGCACAGGCCAGCGGAGUGGGUUGAAGAGGCUGGGCGUCGGAUGACACCCGUGCACGCACUCGUCAAAAACAUCGGUGUUGAUCUGGGACUUGCAGCAGCUGCUUCAGGCACGUCAGCUCACCCACCGUCACGUCAGUCUAUUCCAGAUGAGAGCGAGACGUCAGAUAGCGACGAAUCAACCCCAAGAUAUUUGUACGGGUCAAGCGGGGAGUCGAUUGCCCCAAUAAUAGCAUCUCUUGUCAACGGGUUCUCCCUCUUUGAGAGCUCUAUUGUUGUUCUACAUGUUCGCACCGGCACUAGUGUCUUUGCUGAGAUGGACCGAGACAGCUGGAGAGUUGCUCGCCUUGUCGCUCGGGUUUCCUUAGUACGGCGCCAACACCGGCUUGACGAUGACAUGAGGAAUUUGAAGGAGUGGCGGUGUAAACACUCGCGAAAAUGCUGGUGGUGCAAAGGCUACCGCACGGCUACUGUCGUGGAUAGCAGCGGGAAAGAGAACCCAGUGCAGUCCACGACUUUGUGCAGACCACUUCCGUCACAAUUCUACCAGCCGCUGGUUUUUGUUCUCAUCUGCAGUGAUACCACAGAUAAUGUCCCUGAGCAGCAGCAACUUGUGCAAAUGGCCAAGGCCAACAACGCCUACAUAGAACUACGCAAGCUGACUCAAGAUGAAACCGCAAGCUUUUUGGCCCACUGCUUGCAUAUAAACCGCAAGUAUUUGUCCUUCGAACUUGUGCACUAUGUACAUCGGGUCUCUUCGGGCAUCCCGAAGUAUAUAUUUUUGACGGCGAAACAGCUGGUGAAGGACGGGCAUGUUGUGCUGAAGGAACGAAAACGCAAGAAUCGUGCUGCGACUGAACUGCUAAGAGAGAACACCCUCAGUUUUGAGCUGCGGUACAGACGUUUGUUGCUUCAGCGCAUGGGAAAACAAUACCAGGACCUUCAGCAAGAGUAUGAAACCCCAAGGGGAAAAAGAUCAAGAGCGCGUGCGUCCGAACAAGAGGCCUCAACUGAACAGGCAACGUCCGAUGAUUCCAGUGAUGAAGACGAUACAGAGGUCCGCUACGUGGACGACGAAGUGAUCGUGGCGGUGAUUGGACUGUUGAAGACAUUAAACCAACAGCGAAUUGCGUUGGGCUUGGAGCCAGAUGAGGUGUUUAUCCCGAACUCCUCUGCGGACGCAGAACAGGAAGAUUGGAGGAAGCAGGCGCAGUACGACGUAUUAUCCCCUUCUUGCAUGCCUCCCGACGCAGCGGCUCUCGAGCUCAUGCCACCGCCGGCCUCUGUACUCAGUGCUGUUUCUUUGUCUCUCGACGAGAAUGACGAUGGCGAGCCUGUGCGCUCUCCCUUCUACUUAGCGGAGUGCUUCCGCAGGCGGCUAGUAGACUGGGGCACGAAGGACACGAAUAAACCCAGUGAACAGAACAAAGGCGACCAUCGAGACUCAGCGCAUGUGCAUGAAGAACAACAUCCCGCGAGACGUUUUGCCUCAAGGCGUCAUGGGCGAAAGACUAAUGGUCUUGGAGGAGGUUCUGUGCACUGCCGUGUGGGACUACAGGAGCAACUGGCGCAGGAAGACAGGAGCCGGAUUCGUCGAGGCAAGUUGACGGACGCGGAGUUCGCUCUUCUCUGCUUCAGACCUUCUUGGAUGCCGCUUGACUUUGACGAUCUCGCGGCCCUGCGUAAAAGCCGCAGACGACGUGUAGCCCAAGCAAAACACUUGGAAUGGGAUAGCGAUGCAGAGGAACCAAUUGUGAAACAGGGAGACACGGGAGACGGCGGAUGGGGAAUAAAGCGUUACUGUGAAGCGCGUGUUGUUUCGAAUUUGAACUCUCUGCCUUUUGUUCCCCAGCUUGUUGCAACGUGCAUGUUCACUGUGGAACGACUCCUGCCGGAGGAGCAGAUGAUGGCUAAAGUGGCUUCAGUGUUUCCUAUAGCGUUUAGACCCACAGAGCUUCGUAUGGCAUACCCACGGCGUAUGCUUUCAAACGAAUUCUAUGAUCUGGUCUACCAGCUCAUAUGUAAGGACGUUUUGGAAAUAUGUGAGCCAGCGUCACAAGAGGAACAAGAAGCUUUGAGUCACUUUAUCGGGGCUUCUUCAGCGAAGACAACCGCACAGAGCACAGUCACCACAGCUGCGGGCAAUCCGACAAAGGCAGCAGACGGCACUGCAGCUGUCUCUGAAAAAUCAGGGAACCUUCUCGAUGUGCCUGGCGGCGGACGGGCAAGGCACAGCAGCGUGUUAGAAGAUACUCCGUUUCCAGGGCUUGGCCCGGGACACGAACGCCGUCCUAGUGUUGUAAAGGCAGGAGGCAUUGUGACGCCAGCGAAAGUCGCGGCUGCAGGCAGCGGGAGCGAUGCCGCUCAGCAAGACGAGUCCUCAAGUGAUUCUAAUGCUGCACGGAUUCAAAGGGGCUUUGAAGCUGAUUUGGCGGCAGGCUGCGCUGCAGGAGCAGCGUGGACCAGUGUUCUUGCAACACCCGAAAGAAAAGAGGUCCACAUUCGGUUCACAAGUAUAGCUCUGCAGCGGGUCGUUUCGGACUUGCUGCUUUCUGACGAGCGGAAGUGGCUUACACUUGUGUGCCGCCGCGCGCUGGCUCAACGAUUUGUUACUGUUGCUGAGUCCCAAGUUAUUGGUAAGGGUCUCGCUGCCUCUUCCUCACAGAUUACAGCGGAGAGUGGCUCUAUCGCGCAAGAAGAGUCUGAGGCACAUGACAGCAUUCCAGAGUCGCUGUUACGGGGCGUUUUAGAGGCGGAGAGGGAACAGCAUACUCGCGCAGCGGAGCAGAAGCAGAAGUCGUCGCAAAUGGAACAAGCAAACGUUGCCGAAGCAGCGACGCUACAGGAACAACAUCCAGCAGUUUCCAAUUCAGUGGCAGAGAGUGGUGGAGUGGUCGAUGCGGGGAUGCCAGAAACUGACUUGCAAGCUUAG